AAAAAAGAAGAAGCAAAAAAAAAAAAAAAAAGAGGCACAGGCUUCGGUGCUGUUGCAAUGAAACUUGUCCAUGUGGAACAUGAGGGCAUCUGCCUGCGCUUCGGUGAUGGAGUUAUGUCGGUUGAUUGUAUUCACGUAUCUAAAUCAAUUGGAGAGAUGUGACUAAACAGUUAUCCCACAUUUGAUUUGCGAGGAAAUGAGCCGAACCAACUGCCACCAGUUGACGGUGAUCAUGCGUCCACGCGCGUGUGGAGAGGAGCGGCGUUUGCUGCAUUGACAACCAUGUUCUGCCCUGCUCGAGAGCGAUUGAUCAACUGAGAUUUACUACAACGCUCCCGUAUUUAAUACCUUUUCCAUUCACCGCGGAGCAGAGGGGUCUUGUAGCUAUACACCCAAUAAGUGAUAUUAUGCGCGCACUUAAUUGAAACUACAGUGAAAUAUAUUCGCUUUUCAGCACGGGUUCAAACGCACGAGUAGCUUACUAGUUCAAGACAAGGUAGCGUAAACUUUCCAUGUAUUUAAACGUGUUACGAGUGAAGAAGAGUAGAUUUCGUUUGUUUGGCUCAGGCAGGAUGAUCGGUCCGCAGGGGCUCCGCGGCAGCAGAAUCCCGCAUUAAUCGUACUGCCCGUAUGUGUGUGUGUGUGUGUGUGUGCGCGCGCGCUCCUGUGCGUGUGACAGGGAACCACCGUCCGGGCGGCGAGAAUUCGUUACUCGCACUCUAAGAAUCUGUCAUCUGACUUGGGGCACCGGCGACCGCGUUAAACGCAUCUCUACAUGGCGUUUCAUGAACGGUUGAGCUACAUGAAUAUGUUCCUUCAGUGUUUGAAGCGGUGGAAACGGGAGCGCCCCUUGCUGGGAGUGAAUGAGAUGCCGUGUCGAGGCUAGAGGCAGCGGUGGACUGUUCCCGAGUCAGUGGAAAGCCCCUCUAGAUGAGCCAGUCACAGCCACCCAGCUGCACGGUAAAGGAAUAAGGAUUUAAUAUGUCAACAGAGGCCGAGCUCCAGCCUGCUGCCAGACCCAGCGUCAGAAAGGAUUCCAAGAGGAGAGGGCAGGACCGCAGUGAAGCAGCUCUGAUAAAGCGUUUUAAGGGGGAUGGUGUUCGCUACAAGGCCAAACUCAUCGGCAUAGAUGAGGUCACCGCCGCAAGAGGAGACAAACUCUGUCAGGACUCGAUGAUGAAACUCAAGGGAAUCGCAGCUUCUGCGCGGUCUAAAGGAGAACACAAACAGAAAGUUUUUCUCACUGUGUCCUUUGGAGGGAUCAAGAUCUUCGAUGAGAAGUCGGGGGUUCUUCAGCACCACCAUGCAGUUCAUGAGAUUUCCUACAUUGCAAAGGAUAUCACGGACCACAGAGCCUUUGGUUAUGUAUGUGGGAAAGAAGGAAACCAUCGGUUUGUGGCCAUCAAAACUGCUCAGUCUGCUGAGCCUGUGAUCCUUGACCUCCGUGACCUUUUCCAGUUGAUUUAUGAGAUUAAACAGAGGGAGGAGAUUGAGAAGAAAGCUCAGAAGGACAAGCAAUGCGAACAAGCUGUUUAUCAGACCAUUUUGGAGGAAGAUGUGGAGGAUCCCGUGUAUCAGUACAUUGUAUUUGAGGCGGGACACGAGCCCAUCCGUGACCAAUCAGAGGAGAGCAUAUAUCAGGUCCCUACCAGCCAACAAAAGGAGGGAGUUUAUGACGUCCCAAAGCGACAUCCAAACAAACAUAACCAACCGAUCGAUCUCUUGGAUCUAGACACUGACCUGUUGCUGGUCACCAAGAAUAUCAACCAGUUAGAGCUUUUCGGAGACAUGUCCACUCCUCCAGAUAUCACGUCCCCAUCGACCCCAGCAUCUCCGGCUAAUACUCUGGACCGCACGCUGGCCCACCAGACUCCAUCCGAACUGUUCACCCCCUUCAACCCUGCCUCGGUACCCUCAGGUUAUGUGACGAUGGGAGCCGUGCCACCCGCGUGGGCGCAGCAACAGUUCGCCGCUCAGGCUCCAUUAGCGUUUGGCGUCCAGUCCACGGUGCCCGUUGCGCAGGUUUUACCGGGUGCUCAGCCUCUGAUCUGGGGUCAAGCCAACCUUUUUCCUGCCACCCAGCAACAGUGGGCCGCAAUGGCAGGGGCUCACUUUUCGCCUGCCGCUUUCAUGCCUGCCCAGACAGUAGGGCCGCUUCCCGCUGCCAUGUUUCAGACACUGGCUUCCAUGGCAGUGCCCGCAUCCUGCGAGACGCCCGCGGUGGCCAUGGGCGGAGCCGUGGCAGGAACCUCAGGCUCCACGGCCUCCAGUCCGCAACAUGGGGAGCGCACACUGCAGAGACAGGCUAAGAUGAGCAAGGAGAUGUUUAAGGACUUCCAGAUGGCAAAGCCACCAACCAUGCCUGCCAGGAAGAGCGAGCAGCCUAACCUGUCCUGCACCACAGACGCUUUCACCAGUUAUUUCAGCAGAGUGGGGAUGGCGCAAGACACGGACGACUGCGACGACUUCGACAUCUCGCAGAUGAACCUCACGCCCGUCACCUCCACCACGCCCUCCACCAACUCACCACCCACCCCGGCCCCCCGGCAGAGUUCUCCGUCAAAGUCCUCGUCCCACGCUAGUGACCCGCCCACCGAUGACUCUUUUGGUGAGGCAGAGGGCAGCCCUAGUCGGAGCGGGGAGGAGGAUGCUGCUGGAGACUCCCAGCAGUCUCCGGGUGCGAGUGAGCCUCAAGCAGAGCCUGAGAGCUCAGAGACGGACAGUCCUCAGGGGAAGGACCCUCUUUAUGCCCAGAUCAACAAGGGGAAGAAGUGAAGGAUCAUGGGAACUCUGCACAGACGUGAUCAGCGCUGGGGGGAGCAGGAGACCAAAACACUGGAGAUCAACUCUUUGCCCUGUGUGCAUGUGUGUGUGUGUGUGCACCCAUCCGUGUGUAUUUGUGUAUGAGAGAGAGAGAUUGUGUGUGUGUGUGUGUGUGUGUAUGAGCGUGGUCACUCCAGGCUGAACGGUCCACUUCUCCAAGCAGCCAUCUCUCUAGAGCCGCCCCGUCCCCCUCACGACUUCCUCCGUCACUCCCUCCGCAAAGGAUAGAGAGGGACAGACUCUCUCCAUACCACUUUCUUUCUUUCUCACUGUGUUUUCUGCACAUGACAGCAGGGCGUUGUGGGUGAUUUCAACCUUAUACACCCCUCAUAGCCUUAUGAGCCCAGCUCUGCAGCUUCAUUCAUGCCCUUCGUCCUACUUCCAGUUUCUGCUGGUCUGACUCUCUAUAGAGACCGCAUUACGGGAAACUCUCGAGAGGUGCCUGUCGGACCCCCAAUCACGCAUCCGACCCAAGACCACCAUGAUUCAUCACAGAGCGGAUCCAUCUGUGACUUACGCGAUCCAUCCUUUAGGGUUUAUUUGGUUUUUCCUCUCCCACGUAUUUGAGAUUCUGCUGCUAGAAAGCUAUGCAGAGCUAAAAGAAGAAGAAAACAAACUCAAUUUCUCUCUCGGAUGGAGAACAGACACACACGAGGAAUGACUUUUGCCAAAUCUCAAGGUUUUGGAGCAGCGAGGGAACUCGAGGGAACGAACAUUGCAAAAACCUGUGAUUGAACUGUUCCUUCUCUAUAGCUUUUGUACAAUACUAAUGAGAAAAAAAAAAAAAAAAAAAAACAUGACGUUGAAAUGGAAUUUUUAUUUUAUAAGUCAAGUGGAGCCCUUGAAGUCGACUUUAGAUGUGUUUUAGGGGUAAACAUGGCUUUAAGAAUCUGAUCGUUGGUUUGCCAAACUCAUUUUGUAAAUAAUAAUAAUUAUUAUUAUUAUUGAUCAUAAUAAUGACGACAAUGACAAAUAAUAAUGACGAUGAUAAUAAUAAUGGUUCCGAUUAUAACAGUGUUCAUUCCAUCCUGUGGACUUCCGUGCCAUAAAAUAGGCUGGCCUUAGUGAUGCAAACUCCUCAUGAAACCCAAGCAAUAUUAACACCAAGCGGUUUUUGUUUGCUUUCUCUGUCUUUUGAUUUCAGCAGAAUGGUGGAGACUGUCUUUUUAAGUGGCCUGAAACAAACCCAGAGAGACUGUUAUUAUGACGCCGUCAUAUUUAUGUGAUUUCUUUUGGUUUGUUGUCAAGAUGAAGCUGGUUAAUGCGACAGAGGAAGACCAGAGCUUCUCUCAACGUGUAUGUUAAUGCAGAAAUCUCAAAUACGCAUGUACACAAACACAUUCAUUUACAGACCUUAAAGUCAAUAUGGCAUCAAAAUGGGCUCUGUUUACUUUUUUUUAAUACACCUUUCUGCACAUUUAUCAGUGCAUGCUAUUCCAAAGAGAAAAUGUCUUCUUAUUUUUUCAAGUGUUAAACUUCAUUUUUGACUAAUAUAAACAAGGCCGAACAGCAGAUAUCCUGACAUUCAUUUAUUGAUGGUAAACUACUUAAUAAUAUAUAUAUAUAUAAAUAUAUAUAUAUAUUGGCUCCAAUCUGAUAUAUGUAAUGCCCACUUUUUACAAUUCAGUCAAUUCCUAAUGUUAAUUCCGGUCUCCUAUUUGUUGAAUAUCCUGAUUUACUACUGAGACUAAAAUGGGUUGCGAAGGCUGUUUCAUGUUGACUUUAGGGCCGUCUGAUCACAUUAAAUCACACCAGAAUAUCUGUCUGCGAUCCAGCCUCCAAUCAGAGAAAAUCACCAUGAAUGGCAUCUGUUUUCAUUGCAUCUGAAAAGCUCAGAGCAUUCCAUUACUUUGACAAUAACUUCCUCCUAUUUUAUGGCCAGAGUCCCAUUUUAAUUUAAAAUAAAAGCAGUUUUUGGACCUUCGGGAUCUAAAUUUUGAGCAUUAAGAAGACAAAGGUGAAAAUCAAGGUGAACGGGGAGUCCUUUCAAUUUCGGUACAUUUCUAUUUUGCCUUUACCUCAGCUAAUGGUUUGGUAAUGUAAAAGGACACGUUAUUUUUUAUCUUGAUGAUAAUGACAUUCUACAGUGGAUUUUUAGAGCAUUUUUUUUCUUUUCUCUUGAUUUACGUAACCCACCAUGUAAUACUGUUACCAAUAAACACAUCCCAAAACGUU